AUGGGAUCUUGGUUUUCCUUACAGAGCAACCUCAGUGACUACUUGAUAUACUGGGAAGAUACUUUAGAUGACAACAUGAUUGACAAUGCCACCUUUCGUUUCUGCAAUAAAGACAACAUCAGGCAUGUGAUAAGCAUUUUGAUCCCGUUUAUGUACUGGCUUGCAUUCAUCAUUGGUGCCUUGGGCAACAGCCUCGUCAUUCUUGUCUACUGGUUCUGCACGAGAAUCAAGACCAUGACCGACAUGUUCCUUCUGAACAUGGCCAUCGCUGACCUGCUCUUUACCUGCACUCUUCCCUUCUGGGCCAUCGCCAUUGCUGACCAGUGGAAAUUCCACAACCUUGCGUGCAAAGUGGUCAGCAGCAUGUACAAGAUGAACUUCUACUGCUUUGUGUUGCUGAUAGCGUGCAUCAGCUGGGACCGGUACUUAGCAAUUGCUCAGGCUACAAAAGAGUGGACCCCCAGGUGGAGAUCUCUUAAAAAAAGCAAAAUCAUUUGUUUUAUUGUCUGGGGCCUGGCGAUUUCCAGCUCCUUGCCAGAAAUCCUGUACAGCGAAGUCAAGGAGCUAUCCAACAUUUCCAUUUGCACCUCAGUCUACCCUAAGAAUAAGAACCCCAAACUGAAGUCAAUUAUUUUGAUCCUGAGGGAGAGCCUGGGGCUCAUAUUACCCUUUGUGAUCAUGAUUUGCUGUUACGCAAUUGUCAUUCACACUCUGAUACAAGCCAAGAAGUCACCCAGGCGGCAGGCCCUCAAGAUCAUCAUCAUUGUCCUUACCAACUUCGUCUUGUCUCAGUUCCCUUACAACUGUGUCCUGUUGGUGCAGGCCCUUGAUGCCAACAUCUACUUCAUUUCUAGCUGUGAAUUGUCCAUUGAGAUGGACAAAAUCCUCCAGAGCACUCAGGUCAUGGCCUUCUUACACAGUUGUGCGAAUCCUAUUUUCUACCUUAUUUUGGGUAGGAGAUUCCGGCAGGAUAUUUGUAAAAUCCUGAGGAAGCUGAGCUGCUUUCCCCAGACUCAGUGCGUCCUGUUUUCCUGGAGACAGAGCAGCUCCAGCACAUCAUCCAUGUGUCCCACAGAGACAACCGUGUUCCAGAGCCACCCCUUCCGAAAGACGUCAUAG